AUGACGAGUCCCGUUAUAGACAGCGCCCGCUGGCGCCCGCUGAAUGGUCAGAAUGACGCAGUCAAGACGCAGUGGAGAAUCUAUUCCAAGUCAGCGACUGGACGCUGGGAAAGGAGGCCAAAAGAGGAAUGGGAGGAAUUUUCCAGGACACCGCCGGACCGAGCAAACUUUGUCAUCGACCCUGGCUUCUUCCAAGAAUCUACGACGUACCUCUUGAAGCUGAUCGGCUCCAGAAAUCCUGAUUUCUCCAAUGCAGGAUCAGUGUCAGAGGAAGCUGACGUCAACAAUCGUCCCCACAACGGCACUUGCUCAAUCGCGCCACUAGAGGGUGAGGCGCUCACCACUGACUUCAGCAUCUCGUGUGAGGGUUGGAUGGACGUGCCUGAAGAUCUCCCUCUGUCAUAUACGUUCAAAGUGGACAAUGGCGGCGCAUCCUCCAUAAGGACAAUUCACGCAAGCACUAGACCUGAACUGGACCGGCCAACCAAACUCAACCAAGGCCUGCCAGAGAAUGACUACGUGGUGCGCAUCACCAUUGAUGUAACAGAUCGCUUAGGUUGCUUCAAGACAGUCGAUCUACAAGUCAAGGUUCUUCCGCCAGACAACAGCACAGAUGUGACCGGCCAGCUCAAGACCAUUGAAUCCAACAUGGAGAAUCUGUUUGCCGAUGCCAAGAUGGGAUCAGCAGCUAACCUGGUCAUAGCCGCAGCAGACUUCCUCAACACUGCAAACAACGGAACUGAAAGCUCAAACACUGAUGUCGUGGACCCUGAUGCUUCUGAGGAAAGGACCAAGAUGAGAGGUAACAUGGCAGAGAUGCUGUCGGAAGCCCAAGUCGGCACUGUGGAGGGAGUACAGCAGCUUUCGUCUGCCAUGGCAGCUGUUACCAAGGUACCACAAGAGGUAUCCCAGAAUGCAAGGACCCGUCUGCUGGGAUCCAUGGAGGGGUACAGCAAGGUACUGCAGAAUAACUCUCGAUCCAAUGAUCCAAUCAGUGUGGAGAUGUUGGAGGCGGCCACUGCAGUAUGCAUGGAGGUAGUCGAAAACAUCGUAGAGGCUACCCACAGCACUGGUGUUGAGGAAGCGGUUGACGGCUCUGGGAUCGACAACAUGAAGAAAUCGGAGGAAGUGGUCGAUAGGUUGGCGUCCGCCAUAUCGGCCAAGAUGGUACUUGGGCAGAGUGACGUGGAAGUAUUGUCGUCGAAGUCGACUCUGAUCCUGGCCAGGUCACCAGUACUGUGGAUCAGCAACAAAACUUUCAGUUCAGGUGAUGGGAACAACGUGCAACUGCCACUGUAUGAAGAUCUCUUUCAAGACACCGACAAUUACACGGCAGUUACUCAAAAAUUCAUCAUGCGGGAUCGCAACACCAAGGUCUUUGCGACCGGCGCCCAGGAAGUCAACUCCAUGGUAGUAAGCCUGACGCUGAUCAACGACACGGACCAAUCGCCCUUGGUGGUCGCCAACACCUCCAGCCCAAUCCAAAUCAGCGUGGUCAGGAACAAAGAUCACCUGACUGUUAAUGGGUCUUCGACUGAGAAAGUGGUCUACGUCAAUCGGACUGCGCCGGUCGGGGGAAAGAUGGUUGUCCAUCAGAUAGAUGUGCCGUCUCGCAAUGCAUUGUCGUUAGAAGUGAGAUCCCUGGGUACAGACGACAUGCAGAAAGGCUCGUCAUAUGACGUCAUUCUCUACGUCUUCUUGAGACAGGGAGGAAACCCGUCACUAGAAAUACACGACUUAAACUGCACCUUAAGACAACGAGUGACAGUAGAAGAGGAUUAUAUCCCAAGCAAUGAAUCCUGGGAUCUGGGAUACAGCACCGUCCUCUCCAACGACUCCCAGACAAGAUGUUUCUUUGUCAGCGAUCAAUUGGACAUCCUCGGAAAUGGAGGAUUGCUUUCCUUACAAUACGGCGUGAACCACGAAGUAUCGCUUUCAUCCAAUGCAAUGGAUGAGAGUGACAAGACUAGUUCAGAGUCCUUGGAUAACAGACGGUUUCAUCCCAUGUACUACGCUCUUACAUCGUCCCUGUACACCUGUCUCGCAAUCGGAGAUACGCAGACUCAAUGGUCCACCCGUGGUUGUGAGGUCGGUGAGAACAGCACGGACACGAUGACACAGUGUUUCUGCAAUCACCUGACCAUGUUUGGUGGAGGUCUGAAGAUCCCCAUCAACCACAUCGACCUGUCGGACUCGGCCUUCCUCAAGCUGGAUGAGAACCCCGUAGUCUUCAUCUUCAUGAUCUGCUGCCUGUCGCUGUACCUGCUGGUCAUCAUCUGGGCACGGAAGGUUGAUAAGAGAGACAUUGUCAAGGUAUACUUGCAGUGGCAGGGGCCAUUAUGA